AUGGACGACGGAAUGCAAUGCAGCGACCACCCUUCCCGCACCAACCCUGGUGGGAUCUGCGCAUUCUGCCUCCAGGAGAAGCUCGGCAAGCUCGUCUCCUCUUCUUUCCCGCUAUCCGUUCGCGCCUCCACUUCCUCCUCCUCUUCUCCCCCUUCCUUCAGAUCUGAUGCCGCCGCCGCCGUCCCAUCAGCGGCAGCUUCCGCGGCCGCCACUUCACUUGCGCUGGCUGUGCGCCCGUGCGCACGAGGUGUUCGACGGAAUGACGCAAUGAGUAAUGGUAAUGGAAAUAAUGGUCAGUACGGCAGUAGCGAGUACUACAGCUCUUCCCUCCGCAAGGCGAGGAUCCCGUUCCUGCUCGCGAAGAAGAAGAAGAAAAUCAUGGCUGCGUCGUCUUCAUCUUCCGAGAAUCAGAGCGAAGCGGUGUUCAAGCGCAGCAAGUCCACCGCUGCUCCGGGGAGAAGAUCCACCCAUUUCUUCGACGACGGCGGGGAGGAUUUCAGCCCUCGCAAGCGUGGUGGGUUCUGGUCCUUCCUCUACCAUUCUUCCUCCAGCAAUGUCAAAUCCAACCUCAAUCCUUCAUCUGCUGCAAAUCACAAGAGAAUCGAUCAUCAGCAGCACAAGGUUUCCUCGCUUCCCGCCGCAGCAGCAUCACCAGCUUCAGCUGUGCGGAAGGAUAGAUGUUUAGGAGUUGGGGGAUCGUCUCUUUCACGAAGAACAGAGAUGGUGGUUGUGGAAGAAGACGAUGAAAGCCCCAAUAGCCAAGCUACGAGCUCAAACUCUGCUGCUUCGUCGUUCGAGAGGAAAGUGUCUCGAUCUAGAUCCGUUGGGUGCGGGAGCAGGAGCUUCUCAGGGGAUUUCUUCGAGAGAAUCUCAACUGGAUUCGGCGACUGCACGCUAAGAAGAGUCGAAUCGCAGAGAGAAGGCAAGCCGAAAUCUUCAACAUCUGGUGGUGGGGCUAUGAAGGAAAGGGUGAAGUGUGGUGGAAUCUUUGGUGGGUUCAUCAUAACUUCAUCAUCUUCGUCGUCAUCGUCAUCAUCGUACUGGGUUUCAUCGUCAGCUGAGGAAAUGAAUGGGAAAUCUGGCGGCAAUCAUUUGAGCCAUGGAAGGACGAGGAGCUGGACCUGGGCAUUUGCUAGCCCUAUGAGGGCAUUUGGAGGAAGCAACAAGCUGUCUGGUAAAGAGAAUGGGAGGGAAACUGGGAAUAGGAACUCUGCUGCUGCUGCUCCAAACUUGGCUGCCAUUCCUUCAUUGUUAACUGUGAGCAGCUAA